CAGAAGAAGUCAGUCCACGGUGGCCAUGACGCUUGCAUGCAAAUAAAUGAUCCAUGCUCGACUCUCGACUCUCGACGAUGCCUGGAUUUUCCACAGUCGGAUCUCUCGUCGGCAUGCGGUCCGUGACAGAUGUUCGUGGCAGGCACCAACUGCGAGCUUGACGGGCUCGAAUUGCAAUCGCUGUGAUCGUAAAGCAAUCGAGAGCAGAUUGGCAGGAGAGCGAGAUUGUGCAGAAAUGGCGUUCAAGGGGAAAGUGGCAGUGGUGACGGGAGGGUCACGAGGAAUUGGGCGCGAGGUUUGCUUCAAUCUGGCGCGAGAAGGAGCGUCGGUGGCGGUGGGGUACCAAGGGAACGCGGAGGCAGCGAACGAAGUGGUGUCGCAGAUUGCUGCGACGCAGGGAUGCGGGAGAGCCAUAGCCGUGCGAGUGGACGUGGUUUCUGCGGCCGAUGUGAAGGAAUUCUUCUCCAAGGCCAAUGAAGAAUUCGGGCGAAUCGACUUCGCCAUCAACAUGGCCGGAACGCUGCUGAGCAACUAUCCCAAGAUCGAGGACACGACGGAGGAGGAGUGGGAUCGCGUCUUCGCCAUCAACACCAAGGGCACUUUCCUCGUCUGCAAGGAGGCGCAGAAGUGGCUCGGCCCCGGAGGCCGAAUCGUCACGUGCAGCUCGAACAGCGUCGGCGCUCUGUUGCCCAAGUAUGGCAGCUACAUCGCGUCCAAGGCCGCGGUCGAGGCUUUCUCCCGAGUCCUGGCCAAGGAAAUGGCCGGCAAGGGCAUCACUGUCAACUGCAUCGCGCCCGGCCCCACGGCCACUGACAUGUUCUACGCCGGCAAGUCGCAGGAGUGGAUCGAUUCCUUCAUUCGGUCGUGCCCCAUGGGCCGAUUGGGCGAGGUGCAGGACAUCGCGCCUCUCGUCCGAUUUCUCGUCAGCCCCGAGGCCGAGUGGGUGAAUGGUCAGGUCAUCAGAGCCAACGGUGGCACAGGUUGAUCGAUCCCUCGAUCGUAUCCUCAGCAUCAUCCUCGAAGCUCAGGUGAAAAUGUGGAGUGCCCAUCUUUUCAGUCGCCUGAGAUUAUUGCCACGCGAGUUCUCCUCGGCAAAUUCAUGAUGGGUCUGACUGCUCUGCUCUGCGUUGCAAAUGUCUCGUUUCGCUCUUGUGGCCUUCGAGAGUGUCAAUUCCUCGUUCAUUUCUUGGGGUUUUUCAACCGGAUUUCGGUGUCGCGUUCAAGGAGUUUUUUCUGGAGGAUUGAUUGGCCGAAGAAGUCCGGCAGCAAGUGCAGGAAAGGAAGGGCACAAGACUCCCGAGUGGUUAACCGAAUGCAAGAUGCACACCAGCAUCCAACAUAUGGCGAACAUGCCAAGCUCGUUCGUUCGUUCGGUAGUAGAGAGCAUCCGAAAUUAGGGUCUCUCUUUAGUUUCAGACCGUGUCCAAAUUUGUUUCUUCUCUUCGUGUCUUGUGAAUAUGUGGUGACGAGAAUGCAUAAUGGCCGUGUAAGAGAACCUCGAUGUUUCAAGUAUCGUUGUGCAGACCGUGUGUUGUACACAUUCUGGUU